GGGAAGUCCUUUUUCAAAGAUGACGACAAAGUUAAGAAUUCAUGGCGUGAUAGUAACUAAUUGUAAUUGUCAAUUACAUAUCAGAUUAUUUUUUAUCGAAAACAUAGAGCCAAACUUUAUUUUGUAGCGGACAUUUUCUUGAGUGAUAAGGUCGUAAACGUUCGUGGGACGUUUCGCGCACCUGACAAGCGUCAUUUCUAAAUUUAGACUUCAUUUGUCACGUGAUAGCAGUUGACCAAUCAAUUUGUCCGAAUUUAUGCUGAGGUUCGCAGACGUUAGCGAAACGUUUCUUCGGUAUAUAGUCAACGCGGAAGGUUAUGUGCGUGCAGUUGCAGUCCUGGCAGCGGUAGAGGAAGGUGUACAGCUCUGGUUAAGGAUUUUGGCACGACCGGUGACAAGUGGCAGAAGAAGUCGCCAUUUCACGAAUCGGACAGUGGCAUGUCGGAAGACUUGAAUAGUGUAGAUCUUAACAGCCCUCAGAGCGUUACUGAUACAUCAGGAAAAAUGCUGGAUGAAUUUGUGGACGCUUUAGAUUUUGAGCCCUUCUGUCAUGGUGCUGAUAAGGACCUUGCAAACUAUUUUUGUACUGCCCAGUCACCAGAAUCUGAGGAGGAAUACACUGAUAUCAGCAACAACCACCCAGAAAGGACUCUCAGAACACAAACAUCUGUCAGUAGUUCUAGGUCAAGUUCACCUGAAAUUCCACAGAAGACACUACGUGGUAGGGUAGUUCAGAAAAGUGGCAAAACUGCUCCUGUUUCCUCAAAAACUGUUCGUAAGUCCUCUCCACAUGACUAUGUGACGUCCUCCCAACCAACAGGUAUUCAGUCUGUGAAGGUUUUGAAAGUUAUUAAGACCUCUGGUACGGCAAAUACAGCCACAGAGGUGUUGAGGGCCCUGGAUGACCGAAACAAGAAGAAUGCGGUUCAGGCUAAAAUCAACAGGGAGAAGAAGAAGCAUUAUAUCAAAAGUCUUGAGGACCAAGUCUCUGAACUUACCGAUGAGAAUGGUCAGUUGAAAGUGGAGAAUGACUCUAUGAAGAACAGAAACACUUCCUUGGAGGAGGAGGUCCAGUACCUGCGAGCAGUGUUGGCAAAUGAAAGCAGCUUAUCGAGGUUGCUAGGUAACAUUGAAAAUGUUCAAAAUGUUAAACUGAAGUCUUCAUUUGCCUCCCGCAAACGCAGUGCUGCUAUGGACCAUGACUACACCCCCAACAAGAAGAGCAAGCAAUCUCACUCUACUGCUGGUGUGUGUCUGCAUGUGGACAAUGACACAGUAUCUUUGGAAUUCUGUUCAAAGUGUUCUAAGAUGGCAAAAUCAAGUGACGAAGAUUGACAUUAAAGCUAAGCCAGGAGAUAGUCUCCAUUGCAAAGUGCUAGUCUGCUUGAACCAACCAAGCAGAAACCAAGCCGAUUGUGCUGGCCAUGUACACAAGUGACUUCCAGGCACAGGACCUCAGUGACGAAAUGUCACUGCAGUUUUGUACAUUGUUGUAUGAUAAUGUCCAGUGACUUCCUGCCAUGGGACAUCUGAAAGUGGUAAAAAUGUCACGACAGUAAUGUAAAUUGUUGUAUCAUAUAUGAGAAUUUGCAGAUGUUGAUGUGAAAAUGUUUUGUUGCAAGUUUCCAAUUGUUAGCAGUCAUGGUGAAUUGUUGAUGUUUGACACAUUUGGUCUGAUCUGGCAAUCUUGCAACAUUUCUUUCAGAAGCAGCAAUGAAGCAGUUUUGGCUGAGUGUACAUAUUGCGAGAGAUUGCCAUUUCAGCGACAGGAUUGAUAUGUUAUUCAAUUGUGACUUUCCAUUUUAGGGGAGCAAGCCAAUGGGGGAGAUCUAAUCUCGCCGAGAUGAAUGCUUGGCAGAAUGUUUGUUUAUUCGCUUCCUGUGUGCGUGAAGAGCCAAGAACUGUAGUAGAGAAUCAUUGAGAAACCAAGAGUAUGCCGAGGGCAUGGGUAAUGUUACAUUGGUAAGAUACUUGCCAACAGGUAACAUGGGUUUGGUAAGGCUCGUGAAGAAAAAUGUAAAGUUAAAUAGAAUUUUUUUAAAUUCAUGAAAUUUGUAUAUUUUUUUGUCUUAUUUAAUUCUUUUUGGUUUAAUUUUACAUUUUUCUUCACUCUGUUCAAAUAAAGCAUUAUGAUGACCAUUUGUAUUUCAACGGUUGGUAUGCCCAUUUAAGAACUUUUCUGGAAAAUCUGGAAGUAACAUUUUACUUGUGGCCAUGUGGUAAUCAUCUAACCUUUGACAUCAUAGGAAUUAAUUGAGCAUGUACAUUAUUGCUCAUUGAAAUUUUUUUUAUCUUUUCAAGUCCGUCCAUGUGCUUAUUUGAGCAGACGAGUCUGGUUGUUCAAAUGAUUUUGUUGGAUAUGGUAACAUCAAUCAGAUCUUGACAUAGUCUGUAAUCUAGUGAAUUGAAUUCAUAUAUGAUCAUGUUGGGCAAUUGCUUUCAUUUUGCAUAUGAAACACUUUCUGUGUAUGAAUAAAACUGUAAUUAUGAACAUUUAAAA